AGAAAAGGAGAAAACAGAACCCAAAAAAACCCUAGAGAGAUGAGAUAGCGAAGAAUAGAAUAGUGGAGUGUUAGACUAAAAGAACAAAGCAUGGUCAUGAAGAAUACUACUAGUAUAUUUCUAACGCCGGUUACUUCUUCUCCUUCACAUUUUCCAUUUCUUCAUCGUUUCUCUCUCCUUCCUUCGUCUUCUUCUCUUUCUCUCUCCUCUUCCGGUUUCUUAAGGAGCACAUAUAAGAGGCUUAAUAUUGUUGGUGGAGUACGAGCUUUAUCGACAAUGGCAGAUGAAGGAGGUGGGGGGAAUUUGAAGCAGCAAUUGGCGAAAGUGUUUGAGAUUUCUCUUCGGGCAACGGUCCCGAGUGAGGCGGAUGUGGAGCCAUUGAUUGCUCCUGGAAAGUUUGGUGAUUACCAAUGCAACAAUGCAAUGAGUUUGUUCUCCAAGAUUAAGGGGAAGAAUGCUGAAUUCAAGAACCCUAAAUCAGUUGGCGAGGCUAUUAUGAAAAAUUUACCCGAAUCUGAAAUGAUAGAGAGUUGCUCUAUUGCGGGGCCUGGGUUCGUGAACAUUGUCAUGUCAAGGACAUGGUUAGCAAAGAGCAUUCAAAAGAUGCUUAGGGAAGGUAUACAAACAUGGGCACCAAGAUUGUCAAUUACCAGAGCCGUAGUAGACUUCUCUUCUCCCAAUAUUGCAAAGGAGAUGCAUGUUGGGCACUUAAGGUCAACUAUCAUCGGCGAUACCUUGGCCCGUAUGCUAGAGUUCUCGGGUGUUGAGGUUCUUCGAAGAAACCAUGUUGGUGAUUGGGGUACACAGUUUGGUAUGCUGAUUGAAUUCUUGUUUGAACAAUUUCCACAAUGGGAGAAUGAAAAUGAAAUUCCAAUCCGAAAUCUUGAGGCCUUUUACAAGCAAUCAAAAAAAAGAUUUGAUGAGGAUCCUGUCUUCAAGGAAAGGGCACAGAAGGCGGUGGUCAGCCUUCAGGGUGGAGAAUCUAAGUAUCGUAAAGCAUGGACAAUUAUUUGUGAAAUUAGUCGCAGCGAAUUUAAUAAAGUCUAUGAACGCCUCGGAGUUCAGCUGGAAGAAAAGGGAGAAAGCUUCUAUAAUCCGUUUAUCCCGGAGGUUUUGGAGUCUUUGAGCAAUAAAGGUUUAAUUGAAGACAGUGAGGGUGCUCGGGUUAUAUUUAUUGAAGGGAAAAAGAUACCUCUUAUAGUAGUGAAGAGCGAUGGAGGUUAUAACUAUGCUUCCACUGAUUUAACAGCUCUUUGGUACCGCCUCAACGAAGAAAAGGCCGAAUGGAUAGUAUAUGUAACAGAUGUUGGCCAGCGUGAACAUUUUGAUAUGUUCUUCCAUGCUGCAAAGCGUGCAGGCUGGCUUUCGCUUGAUGAUAAUAUAUACCCAAGAGUUAGUCAUGUUGGCUUUGGUCUUGUCCUAGGGGAAGAUGGCAAGCGUUUUCGAACUCGAAGCUCCGAAGUGGUUCGUUUGGUUGAUUUACUAGAUGAAGCAAAAAGUCGGAGUAAACAAGUUCUUAUUGAACGAGGUAAAGAUAAGGAAUGGUCUCAGGAUCAAUUGCUGCAAACUGCUGAAGCUAUUGGUUAUGGGGCGGUUAAGUAUGCUGACUUGAAGAACAACAGACUCACCAACUAUACGUUUAACUUUGAUCAGAUGCUUAAUGAUAAGGGAAAUACCGCUGUCUAUCUGCUCUAUGCCCAUGCUCGAAUCUGUUCAAUUAUCCGGAAAUCUGGUAAAGACAUUGAGGAAUUGAAGAUGACCGGAGAAAUUGCUUUGGAUACACCAGAAGAGCGUGCUUUAGGUCUUUAUAUGCUUCAAUUUUCCGAGGUUGUUGAGGAAGCAUGUAAAAAUCUAUUGCCAAAUGUGUUAUGCGAGUUCUUGUAUAACUUAUCGGAAUAUUUCAAUCACUUCUACAAGGAGUGCAAGGUGGUUGGUGUGCCAGAAGAAACAAGCCGACUCUUGCUAUGUGAAGCAACUGCUGUCGUCAUGAGAAAAUGUUUCGACCUUCUUGGUAUUACACCUGUUUACCAGAUAUGACAGAAUAUGUCGCAAUCCUUGAUGCAUCUUUUGGUGGGAUUAACAUUUUUGCAAUUGUAUUUUUUGAUUUAAUCAUCAUUUUGUAAUUGUGUACACAAAAGUUACACUUGACUGAAGGCGGAAAAGGAAAUGGUCCUUUUGUGGGACUUUGACCAUGGCGGUUUCUUAUUGAUAUAUUGGUAAAUUCGCUCAA